GAACCCAGGGCGGGGAGGGCGGGGCACGCCCAGCGCGCAUGCGCAGCACCUCACAACCGGAAGCAGCGCGGGGGCAGGGCAUGGCGGCGGCGGCGGCGGCGGCCGAGGGUGUCCCCGCGAUCCACCGCGAGGAGCCAGUUCGAGAUGAUGUCGCUGUGGAGACUGCUGAGGAAGCAAAGGAGCCUGCUGAGGCUGACAUAAAUGAGCUCUGCCGGGACAUGUUCUCCAAAAUGGCAACUUACCUGACUGGGGAACUGACGGCCACCAGUGAAGACUAUAAGCUCCUGGAAAAUAUGAAUAAACUAACCAGCCUGAAGUAUCUUGAAAUGAAAGAUAUUGCUAUAAACAUUAGUAGAAACUUAAAGGACUUAAACCAGAAGUAUGCUGGACUGCAGCCUUAUCUGGAUCAGAUCAACAUAAUUGAGGAGCAAGUAGCAGCUCUUGAGCAGGCAGCCUACAAGUUGGAUGCAUAUUCAAAAAAACUGGGCAUGUGGGAUCUUAGUUCCCCGACCAGGGAUCAAGCCUGCGCCCUCUGCAUUGGGAGAAGCCAAGUACAAGAAGCUGGAGAAGCGAUGAAAAACAACUGUGGGGACAAAGUCUUUUUUAAUGUGGAAAGAAUGUUUUAUAAGACCUGAAUCUUCAGGUUGAUGAAUUGUCAAAACUCCUCAAAAGGCAACUAUGCUGGUCGUCCAAGAAACAUCGCAACAUUGGAGUAAACUGGAGAACUGUGGCUAUCCCUGGAGGAACUUCUUUUGAGGCAGAAUCCUCAGAAACUCAACACUUAUAACUCCUUAGCUUUUACUUGAAUGCUUCAUCAUCCAUUCAGGACAAAGAGUUUCUCAAAGUUCAGAUAAACCUGGGCCUGCCAGUAGAAUCAAAUGAGUAGCAGUUAAUUACUGUAUUAUUUUCUUAAAUGGUUGGUUUUUGAGUUACUGUGUAAAAGGUGGUUUUUUUCUAUCAAGGAUGUAAUGUAUUGCUAACAAGAUUCUAAAUUAAAAAAGGAAAACAAAGCA